AUGUCGUCGUCGAAUUUAACUAAGCUAGACUUUGCGGCUUUAGAUAUUUUCGGUAACAACUAUAUUUCACGGGUUCUGGAUGCGGAGUUACAUCUCCAAGCUAAGAAUCUUGCCCACACAAUUAAAGAAGGAAAUGUUGCAUCCGAGCAGGAUAGAGCAUUGGUUUUAAUUUUUCUUCGUCAUCAUAUCCACAACGGGUUAAGAUCAGAAUAUGCCGUUAAGGACCCUGAGGUUCUGUGGAGUUGCUUGAAAGAUAGAUGUGACCACCCGAAGAUGGUUAUUCUGCCUAAAGCCAAAAAUGACAGGUUGAAUUCUGCAUUGUUUAAAAUCACUUCACAACUGAAAUUGUGUGGUGAAAAUGUAACAUAUGAACAAUUACUCGAGAAAACUUUUACCACUUUCCACGCCUCGAGUGUUGUCUUGCAGCAACAAUAUCGAGAGCGUCGUUUUAAGAAAUACUCAGAGUUGAUUUCAUGUCUACUUGUUGCAAAACAGAAUAAUGAAUUAUUAUUAAGAAAUCAUGAAUCUCGUCCCGUGGGCUCUGUUUUUGUGCCUGAAGUACAUGCAACAACGAGUUCUACCAAUGGUAAUGGACGGGGAAAUAAUAAGGGUAAAAGGAAACGUGGUCGUGGUAAUAAAAAGAACCAAGACAAGAGUUCACGGUUUAAUCCAAACCACCAGGAGGGGAAAGAUGACACCCCAAAAAAAGAACAGAAGCCAGAUAAAAGAAAAGAUUCGUCUGACAAGCCUAUAAAGAACAAGGAAGAUAUUGUUACCGUUGUGGUAUGA